UCAAACAUGUUAUGUCCAUCCAAAAAUUCAUUCACACCAUAUCCAACUCACCAAAAUCAACUUCUCAUUGGAGUUGGCAGCUCUUAUUUGAUUUGACUUUGCAGGUAGCUACUCCAUCCCAACUCUUUCUCAUUUACUCUAUCUUUUCUGAUUUUCACAUCUAUUUUUAGUAAUUACUUAUACAUUAAUAUCCAUUUUUUUAUUUAGCAUUUUUUCAUUACUUGAUUCAUCUGAGACAAUGGUUAAUCAUCCAGAAAUGAAAACUACUUUUUUCAAUUUGGGAUUUUGGGUUUUGUUUAUUUAUACUGUUUCUAUUUAUUAGCUAGUCUAGAAGUAGAAUUACCAUUGUUGCUGCUACUAAAUGUUUGAAUUUUGGAUAACCCCUUCUUUAGUUUUGGGAGAUUUUACUCUUUGAGCUUGCAUAUUCUGUUGGAUUUAUAACAUUUUUGCUCUAAAACUCUAAAGAUUGCAUCUUUUUAUGCUUUCAAUUUGCUUAUUUGAAUUAAUUUAUAACCUUUUUCCAUCAUCCCAUCAUGAUCUUUUGAGAAUUCCAACAUUUUUUAUACCAUUUUGAACUUUAUGAUCAUGAUUUUUGAGCUCAAAGUCGAGUUAUUUUGGUCACUAAACCAUGUUUCAGAAUCUGAACUUUGAUGGGAUCAUGCCAUGUUACCUCAAUUCCCUAGCAAGACCAUUUGAGCUUUUGAUAUAUGCUAAGUUUUUGCAACAUUGAGGACAAUGUCCAUCAUCUGUGGGUUACCUCUUCUCGAGUGUGUAUACUGCUUAGCCUGUGCUCGGUGGGCGUGGAAGCGGUGUCUUCACACGAGUGGCCAUGACAGUGAGGAUUGGGGGCUUGCUACUGCUGAAGAAUUUGACCCCGUACCUCGAUUAUGUCGGUAUAUUCUUGCUGUUUAUGAAGAUGAUAUAAGAAAACCUCUUUUUGAACCACCUGGAGGUUAUGGAAUAAACCCAGAUUGUUUGAUAGCUAAAAGAACAUAUGAAGAUACACAAAGACAUGCCCCUCCUUAUAUAGUGUAUCUUGAUCAUGAUCAUGCUGAUAUAGUUCUUGCCUUUAGGGGUUUAAAUUUGGCCAAGGGUAGAGAUUAUGCAGUGCUUUUGGAUAAUAAGUUGGGGAAGAAGAAAUUUGAUGGAGGUUAUGUGCAUAAUGGUUUGUUUAGUGCCGCGGUUUGGGUAUUGGAGAAAGAGGGUGAUUUGCUGAGAGAGCUGCUAGAAAAGCAUCCAGAUUAUACAUUAACAUUUGCUGGUCAUUCCCUUGGCUCGGGUGUUGCUGCACUUUUAACAAUGGUGGCUGUGCAAAAUCGAGAAAAAUUAGGAAAUAUCGACAGGAAAAAGAUUAGAGGCUAUGCUAUUGCUCCAGCUCGGAGUGUUUCACUUAAUCUUGCCGUCAGAUAUGCAGAUGUCAUCAACUCUGUUGUGCUGCAGGAUGAUUUCUUGCCGAGGACUGCCACACCCCUGGAAGAUAUUUUUAAAUCACUUUUAUGUUUGCCUUGUAUUCUAUGCUUAAGGUGUAUGAGGGAUACAUGCACAUCAGAGGAAAACAAGCUUAAAGAUCCAAGGAGGCUGUAUGCACCCGGUCGUCUGUAUCACAUUGUAGAAAGAAAACUUUGCAGAUGUGGACGGUUUCCUCCGGUUGUUAGGACAGCAGUUCCUGUAGAUGGGAGGUUUGAGCACAUUGUUCUUUCUUGUAAUGCGACUUCUGAUCAUGCUAUUAUUUGGAUAGAGAAGGAAGCCAAAAGGGCAUUGGAGUUAAUGCAAGAGGAAGAUGAUGUGAUGGAUAUUCCAGUAAAGCAAAAGAUGGAGAGGCAGGAGACGAUAGCCAGGGAACAUAGUCAAGAACACAAAGCAGCGCUACAGAGGGCCGUUACACUAUCUGUGCCUCAUGCUUUUGUACCUUCUGAAUAUGGAACUUUUGACGAUUUGGAUGAUGAAUAUGAGCAUUCAGAUGGAUCGUAUCAAGAAACAUCUUCUGGGGAAUCGUCUAAAAGGAAGAAUAAGAAGGAAAGUUGGGAUGAAUUGGUAGCUCGUCUAUUCGAUAAGGAUGAAAGUGGUCAUCUCUUCCCCAAAAAAGACUAGCUGGCUGGCCUGGGAUGCAUACGUAGAGCCUUCCUUUGCCCUUUCCAACGACGAUCAAACUGGUCUAUAAAACGAUUGUGUAUGUUCUGUCUUCUGUUUAAUGAGUUAUUCUUUAUCAAAAUUUUGUCAUUUUUUCCAUAUAAACUUUUGUUCAACUUGAUUAGAAGGAUCAAACUAUUCUUUCGUCCAACUCGAUUCAAAGCAUAAACUUGUGUAGAUAUGACAAUGACUACCGCGUUCAUUGUAUUUGGAUUUUGCUAUGUGGAUUUAUUAUGAAUUUUCUAAGAGAUUGAGCAUUAUAUUUUGUACAAGAGAUUUAAAGCAAUAAGUUUGUUAAGCUCGAAGGUCAUUUCUUUGUUUCUUCACGCUUAAUUCAAAUCACAAUUCU